AUGUGUGACCAGCAGAAGCAGCCACAAUUCCCUCCAUCUUGUGUGAAAGGCUCGGGACUGAGCUCUGGGCAAGGUGUCGGUGGCGCCUCUGUGACCUUCCAGGCUCCAUCUCAGGCUCCAGCGGUCUACGUUCCAGGGCCUGCCCCAGUGCCAGCUCAAACCUAUGUGAAAUACCAAGUUCCAUGCCAGACCUACGUAAAGUGCCCACCUCCAUGCCAGACCAAAACCUAUGUGAAGUGCCCCCCUCCCUGCCAGACGACCUCUGUGAAGUGCCCCCCUCCCUGCCAGACGACCUCUGUGAAGUGCCCCCCUCCCUGCCAGACGACCUCUGUGAAGUGCCCCCCUCCCUGCCAGACGACCUACGUCAAAUACCCAGCUCCCUGCCAGACCCAGACAUACUAUGUCCAGUACUCUUCUCCUGGCCAGACCUACUACACUCAAGGCUCCGCAGCAGGUGGCUCCGGCUCCCAGGGCUGCUGUGUCCCUGACCCCUGCUCUGCUCCCUGCUCCACCAGUUACUGCUGCCUGGCCCCUCGGACCUUUGGGGUGAGUCCUCUGAGACGCUGGGUCCAGAGACCCCAAGGCUGUAGCACAGGAUGCUGUGAAGAUUCUGGGUGCUGCAGCUCUGGAUGUGCCAGCUCUGGGUGCUGCAGCUCUGGGUGCUGUGGCUCUGGCUGCUGCAGCUCUGGGUGCUGUGGCUCUGGGUUCCGCUGUUUAGGGAUUAUCCCCAUGAGAUCCAGAGGUCCUGCCUGCUGUGACCACGGAGAUGACUGCUGCGACACCGGAGAUGAUUGCUGCUGUUAA